AUGGCCUUGUUCGAAAUUGACGUCGUCAAGGUUGAGAAAGCCAAAGCCAUGAGAAGGUAUAAUCGGCGGCGAACGGUCAAGUGGAUUGUCGAACUUUGUGCUGCUCUGUUUGUGCUUUCGCUGUCCCCCGCUUGGCUUCCGGGCGCCGCAGAAACAGCAUGUGAGUUUUUCCGGCGAUUCAUCGCCGUCUUUGAUUGCACUUUCUACGUCUUCAUUCUCAUCAUGGCGAUUAUUUUCAUCCUCUACGCUUUCUCCGGCGAAAAUGGGGCCAGAACCGAUAUCUACGACGACUUCCUCAGAUACAAGAAGCCUAGCAGUAAGUUAGCCGCCGGUAACGAGCUACCGGUGCAGCCGGAGACAUACUCUUCGCCAGCCGAGACCUUCCAUGAUAAACACAUCGUGUUCUGGGACAAUGCGAACUCUCCGGCUCACGAUGACGGUACAGUUUCUUCAAUCACCGAGCGUACGGCCUCUCCAUUUCCGCUAGAUAGAGUUGCUGCAGUCACUGAGAAGGCUUUGCGGGAAAAGCGUUACCGGAGAGCUAGGUCCGAGAAGCUCGAGCUACGUAUAUUAGAGACGACUAGACGAGAGUUACGGCAAACAGAGACGGGGAUAUGCCGGGAAUUGGUGAGGUCCGGGGAAGAACCAGCCAGGAGAUCGUCCACUUACCCGCCGGAAGAAUUGAGCAUCGAGGAAUUCAACCGUAUGGUAGAGGCCUACAUUGCCGAUAAAAAGGAAGCUCAGAGAGAAGAGCUCAAGGAAGAACGGAGAAAAGAAUCAUCAUUGGCCCCCACUGCGCAGAACUGA